GCCAAGGCCCGCCGCCCACCAUAGGCACUUCUCAGCCUCAGCCUCACUGCCGUCAGCAAAUACCGACAAGAAUGACGCUGUGCUUCUAAGGCCGCCGCCACGUUUUCUUCGACCGCAAACUGAACUGCCGCCAACAAGCAGUUCCACGAUGGCGGGCUCCACGGCUAUGAUGCAACCAGCACAGUCUGGCCCAUAUCCUCGCGAUCAGUUUGCUCCAGGUGGACCUUAUCCACAGGCUAUGCCUUACCAGAAGCAGGCACGGGAAGAAUUCAUGAUGAAGACGGAUCGUUCUUACGCACGGGCCAGAACUCAGCGCCAACCCGAAACUUAUUACGAUCAGCGCCAGCAGAGUUUCCCUCACCAUUAUCAGGACCAUAACCGCCCUAAUCAUCAAUACGAACACCGUCCAAACCAGCAUCAUGCUUCGCCAAAAUCACCCAACUUCGCACCCCAGACUAAUCACCACCAGCAAGGCCCACCGAAUCCAGGGCCCCCACAAAGCUCUCCAUAUCAGCCUCAACAAUAUCGCUCUCCUCACCAGCACCCGCAUGCGCAGCGACUACCAGCGCAAAGACCACAUGGUCACGAGAAACAGCAGACGCAGCACUAUCCUGACCCGCCGAGGCCAGUCGUCGAAACCCGUGCGAUGACGGACCGUUUUCCAGAAGGUCCGCCGAGGUCGGUGGCGUAUAACUUUCCCCGGCGUAUUUCUAGCGCCAACACUGCGUCCUCGGCGACUACAGGGGUUUCUCACGAUAGUUUUCAGUCGCGAAUGCGCAACCAAAGCUGGGCAAGUCAAACUUCGACAGAAUCGUUCCAUUCGUCACUUUCGAAUCCGCCUCCCAUCAACCGACCUGGACAUUUCCCAAGACAACCAAUGAAGCCACGACAGCCAAUGAAGCCCGGAGAGCUGUUUGCUGCCCUCCCGGGCGAGGUUCUCGAGAUGAUUCUCGACAACCUCAAGCAACAGCACCUGGAGCCCGGGUCUGCUAGCUGUGCGACUUGCUGGAUGAGGGACGUCUGUGCAGUUGCAAUGAGCGCGAGGAAGUGGCUCAAGUUUGCCAGGAAUGCUCUCUAUGAGGAUAUCCAGCUGAACGGAGCCGACUCUGCUGCUCACAAAAAGAAGUUCAAGGGGGUGACCGGCACACGUCUGAUUCUCCUGCGACGAUCACUGCGCGCGAACCCAGUUCUCGCUGGUACUGUGCGAUCCUUGAAGGUUCCGGCGCCAUCACAGCAGCAGUCCGCCGAAGAAUAUUAUGAUCUCGUCGCGACUGUAAUCAUGGCCUGUCCCAAUCUGGAGCGGGUUAGGGGGUUGUAUCCGACCUACAACCACUCAUUUACCCGAUUCUUCCAAGCAAUGUCAACGAGGCAAAAACUCAAGGAGAUGAACUGGAUUGUGCAGCCGUCACCAUUCCAGAGACAGCAGCGUGUGCGGAAGGCACCCGAUGACCAGCUUGGGAGGAACGUCAUCACUCCCGGUGACCUGCAGCCUCAACAGACACUCGCCUGGCUCGACAAUCAUGCCAACUGGCGCUAUCUCACCAAUUUGACAAUUCACUGCAUUCCCGGCGGUACACUGACACCCUCAACUCUGUUGAUUGACACGAUAGACCGGCUCCCAUCACUACAGACAUUGUACCUCUCUGGAUUGCCACAUAACGCUUUCGGCGACAACGAGCUUCUAUCAUUGCCGCCCUUGAAGAAGCUGUCUUUGAUCAACCUCCCAGGUAUCACAUCUACCGGAUUGUCGUCGUUCGCAACCUGCUGGAACAGCCGAAGUCUCCGGUCGCUAUCGUUGGUUCACUGCGACAUUCAGUGGAUCCCAGCCAUGGCUCGCAUGUUUUCGAACCUGUCUUCACUCGAAAACUUUGCCUUUGUGCAGUCAUACCCGCCCAUGCUACCAUCAGACGAGGUCAUCUGGCUGUUCCCUUACCUUGCCUCUUCGUCCCUGAAAAAACUUCACUGGGACAUCCCUUCGGCGAAAGAGAACGCGAGCGCUGCGGACUUCAUUUUCUCGCGUAGCAUUCAGGCCAACGGUUUUCCGGCUCUCCGACGUCUGCGAGCCCCCGCGGAUCCCGAAGGAUUAUUUCAGUCCGUGUGCCGCCCGCAGGAGAGAUAUGAUCUCCCGAGCGACAGGUUCAAAAACAACAAACUUGGCGGCCGACCUGCGUUGCAUCAUAAGCGAACUGGAAGCCAGGGUAGCACGGCCAGUUCGCAAAACUCGACGGAAUCCGCCAAGUCUAAGAAAGGCUUCCCGUCGCCAACCAGCCCGCGAACUCCGGCAGGAUCCACUACAUCUUCGAGCGAACAACCACUCUGUACCGAUCUACACCAGGCGCGACUUGCUGCCCAGGCGCGACAGGAGGCGGCGCGACUUGCCCCUCGGUUCCUCGUGAACGUUUUGGAUGAGGACGGAUCAGCGGUGGAUCGAUUUGGACUAGCGGGUUACAUGGGUGACAUCACAUCCAAAAUCAAGUAUCAUCUGCUGCCAGACGAUGGUACUAUUGACGAGAAGGGUGGCCUUGUUGAUAUUGUAGACCUGCUAGCCGAUGGCGGAGAAGAUCUCACGGGCAACAGCACGCUCGCGACGGCCAAAGCCAUUGCCAACGGUGACGGUGGCAACCAGGGUCCCACCACACUGACCAAGAAGGACAAGACAAAGGAGAAGAGCGAGGAACAUAUCAGGCUCAAGGAGGGGUGUCAGGGGAGGUGGAACUACGGUGCUGUGACUGAAAAGAAAGACAAGGAGAGGUGGUCGCACACUGAGAGAGGCCGUUGGAGAGGGGUUAAGACGGAUACAGAGUCUCCAAAACAGAAAACCAAAAAAGCGAUAGCAAAUAUGCAAAAGACCUUACUGACAGCACAGAGACGCCCACAGCAACUCGUGCAGCUGUGCGUGGCUUGCGCCCGAGUCGCGAGCGGCACGUCGAAAACGGCACGAUGCUACACGACGCAAUCACCACGCCGACACAAGAUGUCGACUGCGACAGCAUCGAUAGCGCCGAGGACCACAAUUCACAUAUGUAAGCCGAGCAGCACGAUGCCGAGGCACUUGUCGAGCACAACGGCCGCAGCACCAGGGAUGACCGAGACGUCCGGACCGGCGACAAACGACAAGGCCAACAAACAGCAGCAGCAGUCGCCGCCGCGGUCCAGCGAGCCCGACUACUACGCCCUCUUCCCGCAGACGCUGCCGUCAGGCCCUCCGCCUGUCGGGCCCUUCGCAAUCGAUACGCGCGCCCUCCGCCGCGAGUACCUGCAGCUGCAGGCGGCGGUGCAUCCAGACUUUCACCACGCCGCCGGCGGCUCGUUGUCAAACAGCACCGAGACGGACACGUCAGCAGAUACCAGCAGCAGCAGCAGCAGCAGCAGCAGUUCGGCGCACUCGCCUGCGCGGCGGCGCGCCGAGGCGGCGUCGAGCCACAUCAACGCGGCGUACAAGACGCUGUCGUCGCCGCUGCUGCGGGCGCAGUACCUCCUGCACCGGCAGCACGGGCUGGACCUGGCGGGCGAUGAGGCGGCGACCCUGGCGGCGCCCGACCCGGAGCUGCUGGGCGAGGUCAUGAUGGUGCGCGAGGAGGUGGAUGAGGCCGAGGUUGAGGCGGAUCUGGAGGGACCGCGGCGGGAGAACGAGGAGAGGAUCAGGGAGUGCGAGGAGGGGUUGGCCAGGGCGUUCGCAGAGGGCCGCGUCGACGAGGCGGUGGCGCUGACCAUCAGGCUCAAGUACUGGCUCAACGUAAGGGAGACAAUUGACAAUUGGGAGCCUGGGAAGCCAACUGUUUUGCAGCAUUGA